CUCCUCCUCCUCCUCCUCCUCCUCCUCAACCCUCCACCACCUUCCUUCCCCCUUCUUCCCACAACCUUUUACUUCUUCAUCUCCACAACCUCCUAUGACCCUUUAGCCUUUUCUCCCUUCUCAACAGUCCCUUCUCUCCUCCUUUGCCGUUAAUUCAUGGAGAGCAGCGGUAGCAGUCCUGAAGAGCCAAGAAACUCAGCCGCAUUAUCAAGAAAAGAAAGAAUGACCACCCGGAAAAACUCCAGCACGAAUAUGGACAAUGCGGGUCAAGAAUCUUUAGCUGUCAUCCCCCACGCGAAGCUCCAGGAGAAGAACAGUAGAAGAAGCAGAAGAUCAUCAAAGAGAAGUUUUAACGCUAAGAAGUUAGCAUCAUCAAUCGAGGAGGACACAAGUAGCGAAGAAGAUGAGAAAGCUGAGGUGGAGAAAAAGAUUGUGGUAUUACAAAAAAUUGUGCCAGGCGGUGAAUCGUUAGGGGUUGACAAGCUGUUUGAGGAAACUGCGGGUUAUAUAAUGGAGCUGCAGUAUCAAGUCAAAGCCUUGAAGUUUCUUGCAAGCUUUGUUGAAAGUUCUGACAAGGAAAAGAGAAAAUUUGGAGGCUGAUUUUAUGAUUAAUGUGAUUUUACAUUGCCUUUAGUUGUGAUGGCUGGUGGUGAGAAAAUUGUUACGAAAAUUCUUUUCUUUUUCUUUAUGCUUUAAUGCCCUUUAUUUUAUGCUGGGGGUUAGGGUGGGGGAUUAAAACUAAGGGCUCUCUAU